AUUAAUGGUGUAGUUUUCCUGCGCCUCCUUCAAGUGUUUCGGAUUUUUUCUCAAAACCCACUGCCGCACCAGCAGCUCACGCGUUGCGCGUAGAAAACGUGUCGAUUCGUUUCCAAAGUCGUGUUUCGUGUUUUCCAUUUCAGCUCAAGGCUCAUGCAAGCAUUUAAAUUGCCAAAGAUCAAACAUUGCUGUUUACCGUAGUUAAGUGUUAAGUUUUCAGCAAAGUUAAUAAGUUAAGUGUAGAUAAGUGAAAGCUUUCCGAGGUUUUUAUUAUGCUCCCCACGCCGUACUACCCAGCCGCCUCUGCGCUGGAUGACUUGCAGUUGGCGCGCACCGAGUUUGUUUGUGCGAAUAAUCCGUCGGUUGCCGCCGCGUUGUUGUCCGAGAACAGUGUUGCCGCCGCCGCUUAUUAUUAUCAGCACUUGAAUCCUUUCCUGCGAAUUAAUCCGAAUUUUUGGUCAAUGCCACUAUCGUUUCUACAAAGCUCACAUCGACCGGAGAAGCCACCAUUUUCUUAUAUCGCUCUGAUCGCAAUGGCCAUAAGCAGCGCGCCGAAUCAGCGGCUAACUUUGAGUGGCAUCUAUAAGUUCAUCAUGGAAAAAUUUCCCUACUACCGCGAGAACAAACAAGGUUGGCAGAACUCAAUAAGACAUAAUCUCUCAUUGAAUGACUGCUUCGUAAAGGUGCCACGAGACAAGAACACAAUUGACGACAACGACAGCUCAGGCAAAGGGAGCUACUGGAUGUUGGAUGCCUCAGCCAAUGAUAUGUUCGAACAAGGCAACUACCGCCGCCGGCGCACGCGACGACAAAGACAUUGCAUGCGAAGUUCAAGUGGUUCUGAAGAUAGCUACCAAAUGGAGAAAAGCCAGAGCUACGACAGCACAACUGAUGAAUCCCACGCAACUCAUAGCGACCUUAAUAUAUUCUGUAAUAAGCAAUCCGCCCCAUUGGCUUUAAACUAUUCCGAUCGAAUCACAGAGUUGCACAGACAGUAUUUAGCAUCGAUUGCACCAUUCAACAUACUGUUUCGUAACGAACCUCCAACAUCAAAUAUCGCCACCAGCCCAACGGCGCCCGCAACCCAACUUACAUCGAGCACACAAACACCACAUGAAGUGGGCUUACCACACAUGCCGCAAAUGACACCUUUGCUAAGCACACAUCAGGACUCAAGCAGAAACUCAUUUCGUGAUUUGGAUAGCUUCGAUCUUUCAGGUGGCACCUACUCUAAUAGCAACAGCUCAGUGGAUAGUACCCGACCGGCAAACUCAUUUUCACCGAGCGCCUUUACCCCUAUUACUCCAGCGCGUAACACGCAGCCAAUACCGCCAUUGACACAACCACAAGUGCAAUCACAGCCGAAGGCGCUCGCGUCCGCUUUCACCAUCGAGAAUAUUAUUAAGAAAGACUGAGGUGGGAUGAUGGGUGUCGGACGCCGGACGCCGGAUGCCGGAAAGAAGAUUACUGUAUGCUUACCAAAGAAGAUUAUUUGUAUUUAGAAAGUAUUUAGUAUAUUUAAGCCGUUAAUUAUCCCGAGAUUAUGUGAUACAAUAUCA